AGGUGAGGUCCUCUGUUACAGUAGGGAGACUUCAAAGGGGAAUUAACUCCCAGGUUUUACUUGGGUAUAAGUACUUUUUUUGGUCUACUUUGGAUCUUUUUCACAAACGUUUUAAUCUCUCUCUUUCUUUCUGAGAAUAAGAAUAGUUAUUGGCCAUGGCAGAGAGGAAACUUCUCCGAAGAGAUAGUGACGAUGAAGGGUCGCUGCUGUCUAGACUGGGGACAAACAGCCCGAAACCCAGAGUGAAAUUCGGUGGGAUGUUCUGCAACGUGGAAGGCGCUUAUGAGAAUAAAACUUUAAAUUUUGAGUCGUACAACAGCAGCCCCCAGUCUGUGAGACGGCAUGUUAAGAUUAAGAAGGAGGAGAAAUGCUGGUCGGAUACUUUCAGUGACGCGGGGAGUGUGAGUAACUUCUCGUCCGCCAGUGAGACCAGACCAAGUCGAGACAGAGCAGUGGGGACAGAAACCGGCUCCUCCCGGGGUCAAAUCGUUUACCAGACUGGACCUGGACACAACCGUGAUCACAAUGGAAAACGGGAGACUGAUCGCCUCAUUAUCAAAGGAGGAAAGAUCGUUAAUGACGACCAGUCUUUCUACGCUGACAUCUAUGUGGAGGAUGGCACCAUCAAGCAGAUCGGUGAGAACCUGAUAGUUCCAGGAGGAGUGAAGACGGUGGAUGCCUACGGACACAUCGUGAUCCCCGGGGGCGUCGAUGUCAACACCAGCCUCCAGACCUCCCAGCUGGGCAUGAGCCCUUCAGAUGACUUCUACCACGGGACCAAGGCUGCCCUGGCAGGGGGCACCACCAUGAUCAUUGACCAUGUGGUCCCUGAGCCUGGUGCCAGCCUCCUCGGGGCCUACGACCAGUGGAAAGACUCAGCAGACAGGAUGUCCUGCUGUGACUACUCCCUCCACAUCGACAUCACACGCUGGCACGACGGACUCUUUGAAGAGAUGGAGAGUCUGGUGAAGGAUAAAGGAGUCAAUUCCUUCUUGAUCUUCAUGGCUUACAAGGACAAAUUCCAGAGCUCAGAUAGUCAAAUGUAUGAGAUGUUUGGUAUCAUUAGAGACCUGGGUGCCAUCGCUCAGGUUCACGCUGAGAACGGAGACAUCAUUGACGAGGAGCAAAAGCGACUACUGGAGCUGGGGAUCACUGGGCCUGAGGGACAUGUGCUGUGUCACCCAGAGGAGGUGGAGACAGAGGCGGUGUACAGGGCCAUCACCAUCGCCAAGCAGGCCAACUGUCCUCUCUACAUCACCAAAGUGAUGAGCAAGUCAGCUGCUGAUGUCAUCGCCAAGGCCAGGAAGAAGGGCAUGGUGGUUUAUGGCGAGCCAAUCACAGCCAGCCUUGGGACAGACGGAUCACACUAUUGGAGUAAGAACUGGGCUAAGGCUGCAGCAUUCGUCAUGUCCCCGCCCCUCAGCCCAGACCCCAGCACCCCUGACUACCUCAACUCCCUGCUUUCCUGUGGAGACCUUCAGGUGACGGCCAGUGGCCACAGCACCUUCUCGACGGCCCAGAAGGCUGUUGGGAAAGACAACUUCACCCUCAUCCCUGAGGGAACUAACGGCAUCGAGGAGAGGCUGGCCAUUGUCUGGGAGAAGGCUGUGGCUACAGGCAAGAUGGAUGAGAAUGAGUUUGUUGCGGUGACGAGCACCAACGCUGCCAAGCUGUUCAACCUGUAUCCUCGUAAAGGAAGGAUCGCUGUGGGGUCAGACGCAGACAUCGUGAUCUGGAACCCCAAGGAGACCAAGACCAUCUCAGCCACGACCCACGCACUGACAGUGGAGAUGAACAUCUUUGAGGGCAUGGAGGUGCGUGGAGCCCCGGUGGUGGUGAUCAGCCAGGGGAAGAUCGUCCUGGAGGGGGGCAAGCUGAACGUCACCGAGGGCUCUGGACGCUUCGUACCCAGGAAGUCCUUCCCUGACUAUGUCUACAAGAGGAUCAAAGCACGCAGCAGGAUGGCUGAUGCCCGUGGCGUCCCCCGGGGGAACUAUGAUGGACCGGUCCAUGAUGUCAUCAGCAUGACUAAGUCAGUGCCGGCCACUCCCUCCAGCAGGGGGCCCCAGUGCCCAGGGAAGGGCCCCCUCGGCCCCGCCAGGAACCUGCACCAGUCUGGUUUCACCCUAUCCGGUAUGGGAACUCAGAUUGACGACCACAUCCCACGGCGCUCAGCACAGAGGAUCGUGGCGCCACCCGGUGGCCGCUCCAAUAUCACCUCCCUGUCGUGAACCGGGAGCUCCUUGCUCCGCACGUCUGCUGUAGGGAGAAAGAUAAAGCAACUACUGUAGCAACAACCAACUACAUCAACCAAAACAAAUCUCACCUGGCUUCCAGAACUCAACUCAACACUGAAACCUGAACAUGCAAUCUUCUUCUCAGAUACAACUGUAAAACAGCAUACAGCAUAGAUUACCACUAGUAAUUACCAGUCAUUCUAUUUCUAUGGUACACACACCAACUGGUAAAACCCACCAACUUAGUACUUUGACCUGUUAUCCUUAAUCAAUAUUGCGAUCAAUUCCUCAAUCAAUUCAUCUCAUCCCCAAUCAAUAGUCAACUGUCCCUGUCAGACCUCCGUAGCAUGCACCUUAAACAGUCUCUGUCUCCUCAGUCAGAUAACCGCCUCUCCCUCAUCUCCUCAGCUUCACUAUAGCUUUACUAACAUGGUGAUGAACGAGUCCUAGAUGAACGUAUUGUCUUUAGACCACAGCCUCUCAGCUCUCCCUCUCAUCGUAGCGACGCCCGCUUCUGAUUUUGCGUCAGUGCUUCUUAGAAACUCUCUGGUUGCCUCCAGCAUGGAACCCUAUUCCCUAGACAGUGCACUACUUUUGUCCAGUAGUGCACUGUCUAGGAAAAUAGGGUGCCAUUUCAGACGAAGGCCUCUUGUUAUCUCUCUCUCUCUGCUGUUAUUUAGUCAUGGUUGGAGGAUAUUUAGGUUUCACCUUACCCUCUCUUACUGUUACGAAUGGAUUUCCAUCUCUUCAUCGUUACUCGUUACAAAUACAACAAGGAAAAGAAGUGCGUAGUGCUGUUACUGUGGACCGUCUUUAGGGACAGUCCUCUAGUCGUAGUGCUGUUACUGUGGACAGUCUGUAGGGACAGUCCUCUAGUCGUAGUGCUGUUACUGUGGACAGACUGUAGGGACAGUCCUCUAGUCGUAGUGCUGUUACUGUGGACCGUCUUUAGGGACAGUCCUCUAGUCAUAGUGCUGUUACUGUGGACAGUCUGUAGGGACAGUCCUCUAGUCGUAGUGCUGUUACUGUGGACAGACUGUAGGGACAGUCCUCUAGUCGUAGUGCUGUUACUGUGGACAGACUGUAGGGACAGUCCUCUAGUCGUAGUGCUGUUACUGUGGACAGACUGUAGGGACAGUCCUCUAGUCGUAGUGCUGUUACUGUGGACAGACUGUAGGGGCAGUCCUCUAGUCAUAGUGCUGUUACUGUGGACAGACUGUAGGGACAGUCCUCUAGUCAUAGUGCUGUUACUGUGGACCGUCUUUAGGGACAGUCCUCUAGUCAUAGUGCUGUUACUGUGGACCGUCUUUAGGGACAGUCCUCUAGUCAUAGUGCUGUUACUGUGGACAGACUGUAGGGACAGUCCUCUAGUCGUAGUGCUGUUACUGUGGACAGACUGUAGGGACAGUCCUCUAGUCAUAGUGCUGUUACUGUGGACAGACUGUAGGGACAGUCCUCUAGUCGUAGUGCUGUUACUGUGGACAGACUUUAGGGACAGUCCUCUAGUCGUAGUGCUGUUACUGUGGACAGACUGUAAGGACAGUCCUCUAGUCGUAGUGUUGUUACUGUGGACAUACUUUAGGGACAGUCCUCUAGUCAUAGUGCUGUUACUGUGGACAGACUUUAGGGACAGUCCUCUAGUCAUAGUGCUGUUACUGUGGACAGACUUUAGGGACAGUCCUCUAGUCGUAGUGCUGUUACUGUGGACAGACUGUAGGGACAGUCCUCUAGUCAUAGUGCUGUUACUGUGGACAGACUGUAGGGACAGUCCUCUAGUCAUAGUGCUGUUACUGUGGACAGACUGUAGGGACAGUCCUCUAGUCAUAGUGCUGUUACUGUGGACAGACUGUAGGGACAGUCCUCUAGUCUUACUAAUAUUAUGAUGUUUUAUCCCAAUGCUAGUGUGCUAACUUUGCUUCCAUGGUAUAUUUAGUCAGUCAGUCAGAAUAAGAACUUCACCAAUCCUUCUAUUCAGUCAGUCAGUCAGAAUAAGAACUUCACCAAUCCUUCUAUUCAGUCAGUCAGAAUAAGAACUUCACCAAUCCUUCUAUUCAGUCAGUCAGUCAGAAUAAGAACUUCACCAAUCCUUCUAUUCAGUCAGUCAGGAUAAGAACUUCACCAAUCCUUCUAUUCAGUCAGUCAGAAUAAGAACUUCACCAAUCCUUCUAUUCAGUCAGUCAGUCAGAAUAAGAACUUCACCAAUCCUUCUAUUCAGUCAGUCAGGAUAAGAACUUCACCAAUCCUUCUAUUCAGUCAGUCAGAAUAAGAACUUCACCAAUCCUUCUAUUCAGUCAGUCAGUCAGAAUAAGAACUUCACCAAUCCUUCUAUUCAGUCAGUCAGUCAGAAUAAGAACUUCACCAAUCCUUCUAUUCAGUCAGUCAGGAUAAGAAUUUCACCAAUCCUUCUAUUCAGUCAGUCAGAAUAAGAACUUCACCAAUCCUUCUAUUCAGUCAGUCAGAAUAAGAACUUCACCAAUCCUUCUAUUCAGUCAGUCAGGAUAAGAAUUUCACCAAUCCUUCUAUUCAGUCAGUCAGGAUAAGAACUUCAACAAUCCUUCUAUUCAGUCAGUCAGGAUAAGAACUUCACCAUCAUUCUAUUCAGUCAGUCAGUCAGAAUAAUAACUUCACCAAUCCUUCUAUUCAGUCAGUCAGUCAGAAUAAGAACUUCACCAAUCCUUCUAUUCAGUCAGUCAGAAUAAGAACCUCACCAUUCCUUCUAUUCAGUCAGUCAGUCAGAAUAAGAACUUCACCAAUCCUUCUAUUCAGUCAGUCAGGAUAAGAACUUCACCAAUCCUUCUAUUCAGUCAGUCAGGAUAAGAACUUCACCAAUCCUUCUAUUCAGUCAGUCAGUCAGAAUAAGAACUUCACCAAUCCUUCUAUUCAGUCAGUCAGGAUAAGAACUGCACCAAUCCUUCUAUUCAGUCAGUCAGUCAGGAUAAGAACUUCACCAAUCCAUUCAGUCAGUCAGUCAGGAUAAGCACUUCACCAAUCCUUCUAUUCAGUCAGUCAGGAUAAGAACUUCACCAAUCCAUUCAGUCAGUCAGUCAGGAUAAGAACUUCACCAAUCCUUCUAUUCAGUCAGUCAGAAUAAGAACUUCACCAAUCUUUCCAUUCAGUCAGUCAGUCAGAAUAAGAACUUCACCAAUCCUUCUAUUCAGUCAGUCAGUCAGGAUAAGAACUUCACCAAUCCUUCUAUUCAGUCAGUCAGUCAGGAUAAGAACUUCACCAAUCCAUUCAGUCAGUCAGUCAGGAUAAGAACUUCACCAAUCCUUCUAUUCAGUCAGUCAGAAUAAGAACUUCACCAAUCCUUCUAUUCAGUCAGUCAGUCAGGAUAAGAACUUCACCAAUCCUUCUAUUCAGUCAGUCAGUCAGAAUAAGAACUUCACCAAUCCUUCUAUUCAGUCAGUCAGUCAGAAUAAGAACUUCACCAAUCCUUCUAUUCAGUCAGUCAGUCAGAAUAAGAACUUCACCAAUCCUUCUAUUCAGUCAGUCAGUCAGAAUAAGAACUUCACCAAUCCUUCUAUUCAGUCAGUCAGAAUAAGAACUUCACCAAUCCUUCUAUUCAGUCAGUCAGUCAGAAUAAGAACUUCACCAAUCCUUCUAUUCAGUCAGUCAGAAUAAGAACUUCACCAAUCCUUCUAUUCAGUCAGUCAGUCAGGAUAAGAACUUCACCAAUCCUUCUAUUCAGUCAGUCAG